AUGAGAAUGAUCAAGGCACCAUCAUUUGUAGAAGUUGAAAAAUGGUUGUCUGAUGAGGGAAAGAAUUCAAUAGAUGACAAAUGGUUGAAGGUUUGGCUAAUGUUUGCAAUUAGCACCUUCUUCUGCCCAACAUCAAGCCCAAAGUUGUGUGUGAGGGCUUUCCAUUCCAUUUCAAUCACCAAAGAAAUUAAAGGAUACAACUGGUGCAAACUAGUAGUAGACAGACUCAUUAAAGGAAUUGCAAAGUUUAAGUCUGGGAAGCGAAAGUUUGUGUCCGGGUGCCUCUUCUUCCUUACUAUAUUGUAUCUAGAUUCACUUGAUGUUGGUGAUAUCGUCAACAACGACUUGGAAGUAAGAGCCGCUGCGUGGACGGGACAACUCGUCUCCAAAGUCUGCCUCAUGGAUAAGCUCUCCGAGACUCAGUUCGGCAAACUACAACUAAAGCUAGAACAUUUAAGCACAACGAUGAUCGCACCAGAAAGGAUCCAACAAUUCAUCGAUUCAAACAUGCCGGAAUCUAUCAUUGUUAAUCGGGAGGUCCUCAAAAGUACACUGAGCGAGUUCAGCAUUGCAAUCAAUCAAGCUUUUGUCAACCUAACACAAAAGUUGUGCCAGGGGGUACAACAACAAGAAGCACAUGCAGAAGGAGGUCAAGCAGGCCCCAGUACCUCUAAAGAGGGGGACGAAGAUGAUGAGAACAACGAUGGAUUUGGAGAUGAUAUCAAUUCAUCACAAAUUGACCCAAGCGCUACUAAGAACGAAGUGCAAAGCAAGAAGAAGGUUAGAUUUGAAGAUGUAGAUAACGCAAAGAAGACCAACAAAGCCGAAUCAGCCAGCAAACAAAAGAUGUAG